CGGGGUCCCUGCCCAGACAGUGCUCCCAGGGCUGAGCCAAGCGGCUGGUGGCACAGCUGGACCCAGCCACGCUCAGGGGCAGGCCGUGCCAGGAGCAGCGGGAGGCAGGGGGACGGGGUGUGGACCCCCAUUAGGCAUCUCCUUGUGCGGGCAAAGCGUGUGGCUCUAGUGCCUGAGGAGCACAGCUGACCGGGCUGCGGUGCCCCAGGGCCUACGGGAAGCCCUGUCGCCAGGAGCAUCCUCUGGUUGCUGUGGGGACCACAGGGGCUGCCGUGCUCCCCUGGCCCCCCCGGGGCUAAUUACUGUGACAGGGUGCUGUUGGGAAGGGCUGCAGGGAGGGCUGGUGCUGGCUGAGCUCUGUUCCCCCACAGCCUCCUUGGCCACAGCACAUGGAGCCGGCACAGAAUGGCACCGGCAGCCUGGACCCUCGCACAGGGCAGGGGCAGGACCCCAGGCCUGGUGCAGGGCUGAGGGGCUGGGCUCACUGCGGGGUUGUGCUGGGGAGCCAGGGGACCACAGCACACCACCAGCAUCUCUGCUGGAGCCGGGCUAAUGGCCUGGCUGGCGGGGGGCCAGGCUGCUGGCACAGGGCCCUCUGCCCCUGGGACUGGGCUACCAAGAGGCUCCCACAGCCAGCCCACCACAGCCCCAGGGCCAGGCACUUGCCCUGCACCCCAGCCUGGCCUGUGGCCCUCACCAGUGAUGCUGGGAUCCCCAGAUGGGCUGAGAUGCCCAACUGGGGCCCAUGGACCCGGUGCCCGGUGCCCGCUGCAGUGUGGGGAAGGUGCCUCCCGUCCCGCACUUGGCCCCUGAGAAGCUCAUUAGCCAUGCUCCCGCCCCGGUCCCUGCGGAGCGGGCAGAGAGUGCAGGAGGCUCUAAUGGCUCCAAGCGGCUCUUGAUGGGCCUCGAUGGAGGCGGGAGCAGGAGGGGCUGUGGUUUCUGCCUCCGCCAGAGCCAGAGCUGCCUCUGCCCAGGGAAGAUGCUGUAUGGACUCCCGCUCCGGCUGCUCCUUGCCAUGGCUCUGUGCCCCGGCCUCCUCGGGACAGGUACAGCACCGCUCCUGCCCCUGCUACUCCCCGAGCCCAUCCUCCCUGUCCCUGCUGGGGCCUCAUCCCUCGUGGCUGCUCCCCGCUAGCCCGUGAUGGAGGUGGUGCCUGGGGGGCGGUGGUCCGCACUGGGGAUGCUGGCCCAGGCGUGGUGGUGCCGGGGCUGGUGGCACUGCAGCAUCUCUGUGGGGUGAGUGCUGUCCCUGUGGGGUGGUGGGGAAUGGGAGGAGGUUCAGCAUGGGGAGAUGGGGACUUUCCCCUUCCCUCUGCCACCAUCACGCUCCUCACCCAUGUGUGCCCUUGCUGGGGCCUUGGCGAGCGUUGGAGGUCACGGCACACAUGGGGCCAGGGCCACCAGCAGCCAGUGCCAGCUGGGGGCUGUGCUCGGCCAGCGCUGCCCGUCGGGCUGGAGCCCAGCUGCCGCCUGAGCCACCCUGAGGGACGAGCCGGGGGCUCCUGUGCCAUGGCGGCCAGUCCCCUGGGGCCAGGGCGCUCCCGGCCCAUCCCUCCGCUCUGCAGUGUCCCUGCAAGGGCCAUCCCUGGAGCUGGCAGCGGGUCCCACCGGCCCUGCGCUGGUUGCCCUCGGUGCUGGGGUAAAGCCAGGCACGUGCCCCGCUCAGGGGCUCGGUGGCACCUUUCGGCGGGCGCUGAGCCCCGGCCCCUUGCCGCAGUCUUGCCGCAGAACCUGCACCUCUGUGAGGGCUACACCAGCCCCGACGGCCGCUACCACCCCGGCUUCUACUGCCCACGGCUGAGCGACCCCCCCGGCCACCGCUACUGCUGCUGGCCCGGCCCGCUCCACCUCAAGUCCUGCUGCUCCCGACUGGUCCUGGAGGCCCUCACCGGGGUCAACCUCUCUAGCCUGGCACCCCCGGGCCUCCUUCGGAACCCGCUGGCUCUGCCCUUCGUGGGGCUCUACGGGCUCCUCAUUCUCCUCCUCAUGGCCGCCGACCUCUGCCACUUCUACCGGACCCGCCGCUGCCGCCUCGGCCGCCUCCUGCCCCGCGCCCGCCGCCCGCCCUGCGGAUCCGCGGGGGGUCCCCGGCCCCGCUCCCGCCUGCCCCCCGGCCGGGUGACGGCGGGGCAGCUCCGGGAGCGGGGCAACGCGCUCUUCCAGGCGGGGGACCACGCCGCGGCCCUGGCCGCCUACACGCGGGCGCUGAGCCUCUGCGACGCCGGGCCCGAGCGAGCCGUGCUGCACCGCAACCGGGCCGCCUGCUACCUGAAGCUGGAGGACUACGCCAAGGCAGAGGCUGAUGCAUCUAAAGCCAUUGAAGCCGACGGCCGGGACAUGAAGGCGCUGUUCCGCCGCAGCCAGGCGCUGCAGAAGCUGGGCCGCCUGGACCAGGCUGUCAGUGACCUGCAGCGGUGUGUCAGCCUGGAGCCCAAGAACAAGGCCUUCCAGGAGGCCCUGCGCGCCCUGGGGAGCAGCAUGCAUGAGAAGAUGAAGACCAUGUCCUGCACGGACUCAAAGGUGCAGCAAAUGUUCCAGAUCUUGCUGGAUCCUGAAGAAAAGGAUGCGGACAAGAAGCAAAAGGCUGCGCAGAACCUGAUUGUGCUGGCGCGAGAGGAGGCCGGAGCAGAGAAAAUCUUCCAAAGCGAUGGCGUGCGGCUGCUGAUGCAGCUGCUGGACACGGCCAAGGCUGACCUGAUGCUGGCAGCCCUGCGCACCCUGGUGGGGCUGUGCUCUGGCCACCGCUCCCGGACCAUGGCCAUCCUGGCGGAGCUGGGGUCCCCCCGUCUCUCGGCAGUGCUGGGUGUGGAGCACGAGCAGGUUUCCCUGGCUGCCUGCAACCUCCUGCAUGUGAUGUUCGAUUCCCUGAAGGAGGGGCUGCAGAAGGACUUUCGUGGCAAGGAGGAUGCAGUAGUGCUGGAUUCCUCCAAGGACCUGAAGCUGCUGAUCAAGGACCUGCUGGAGCUGUUAGCUCUGGAAGGGGCUUCUGCGCACGGCCGUGACAACGCCCUCAACCUGCUCAUCAAAGUGGUGCCCAGGAAGUCGCCGAAGGAGACCAACAACAGCAUGAGCCUCUGGGUGAUCGACCAGGGCCUGAAGAAGAUCCUGGAGGUGGGAAGCACAGUGUACGGCAUCCCAGGAGGCCUGCCUGUGACAGAGAACAGCCGGAUGAGCGCCUCGGUUCUGCUAAGCAAGCUUUAUGAUGACCUGAAGUGUGAUGCUGAGAGGGAGAACUUCCACCACUUGUGCGAGGACUACGUUAGGAGCUGGUUCGAGGGGCAUGAGCUGGCGGGGAAGCUGCGGGCCAUCCAGGCGGUGUCGUGCCUGCUGCAGGGCCCCUCAGAUGCCGGGAACAGGGUGCUGGAGCUGGAGGGCAUCAUGGACAGCGUGCUGUCCCUCUGCGCCUCCGUCUGCGAGGCCCACCAGCUGGUCGCGGUGGAGGCGCUGAUCCACGCUGCCGACAAGGCCAAACGCGCCUCCUUCAUCACCGCCAACGGCGUCAGCCUGCUCAAGGAGAUCUACAAGCACAGCGAGAGGGACAGCAUCCGCAUCCGGGCGCUGGUGGGGCUCUGCAAGCUGGGAUCCGCCGGAGGCACCGACUUCAGCAUGAAGCAGUUUGCCGAGGGCUCCACCAUGAAGCUGGCCAAGCAGUGCCGCAAGUGGCUCUGCAAUGAGGCCAUUGACGCGGGCACCCGGCGCUGGGCGGUGGAGGGCCUGGCCUACCUCACCUUUGAUGCGGACGUCAAGGAGGAGUUCGUGGAGGACAAGGCGGCCAUGCAGGCCAUGUUCCACCUGGCCAAGUCAGAGGACAGGAGUGUGCUCUACGCCGUCGCCUCCACACUAGUGAACUGCACCAACAGCUACGACCAUGAGGAGCCGGACCCCCAGAUGCUGGAGCUGGCCAAGUAUGCCAAGCAGCACAUUCCGGAGCAGCACCCCAAGGACAAGCCAGACUUCGUGAAGCGCCGGGUGCGGAAGCUGCUGGCGGCCGGCGUGGUGUCGGCUCUGGCCUGCAUGGUGAAGAGUGAGAACCCGGCGCUCACCAACUCCUGCCGGGAGCUGAUCUCCAGAGUGUUCCUGGCACUGGUGGAAGAGGCGGAGGACCGGGGCGGUGUUGUCGCACAAGGAGGAGGCAAGGCUCUCAUCCCGCUGUCACUGGAGGGCACCGAGGUGGGGCAGACCAAGGCAGCUCAGGCCCUGGCCAAGAUCACCAUCACCUCCAACCCGGAGAUGGCCUUCCCUGGAGAGCGGAUCUACGAGGUGGUCCGACCCCUGGUCAGCCUCCUGCACCUUCAGCGCAGCGGCCUGGAGAACUUCGAGGGGCUGAUGGCGUUAACCAACCUGGCUGGCAUCAGCGAGAGGCUGCGGCAGAAGAUCCUGAAGGAGAAGGCCGUGCCCAUGAUCGAGGGGUACAUGUUUGAGGAGCACGAGCUGAUCCGGCUGGCGGCCACCGAGUGCAUGUGCAACAUGGCCAUGAGCAAGGAGGUGCAGGAGCUGUUCCUGGCUGAGGGCAGCGACCGGCUGAAGCUGAUGGUCCUGUACAGCGGGGAGGAAGAUGAGAAGCUGCGGCGGGCGGCCUCGGGGACCCUGGCCAUGCUGACUGCCCUGCACCCCCCUAUCUGCAAGCGUAUCCCCCAGGUGACGGUGCACUGGCUGGAGAUCCUGCAGGCCCUGCUGCUGAGCCCCAGCGUGGAGCUGCAGCACCGCGGGGCCGUGGUGGUGAUGAACAUGAUGGCGGCCGAGCGGGAGGUGGCUGAGCAGCUCAUCGCCAGCGAGAUGCUGGAGAUCCUCUCCGUGCUCGCCAAGGACGAGGAGAAGCCGCGGGUGGCGCAGGCGGCCAAGGAGAGCCUGGCGCAGGCUGUGGCUUAUGGCCUCAUCAAGCCCAACACGGGCCAGGAGUGAGGGCCCGGCCGGGCGCACCGCACACGCUGCUGGGGCUGGCACUCGCUGCUGCCCCGGGACCCUCUCCCCGGCAGGGGACACGGCCGCCCGUGGGGGCUGGCACGCUGCUGCCCCGGGGCCGUGGCUGCUGCCCCGGGGCCGGGGGAGGACGGGGCUCGCCACUGCCUCUGCCACCGUCUGCCUUAAACCGGGAGGGCCGGCCCAGGGCCCUGUGCUGCUGGGCCCGGUACGGCGGGGGGGGACCGCCCGGUGUCACCGCAUUAAAGCUGCUCUUG